AUGCCACUUGUAAACUACGAAGGUGAUUCAAGUGAAGAAGAACAAGAAGAUAAUGAAAUUCAAUCUACAACUCGUCGUCUUCAUCUACCAGCUCCGUCACAUCCUGUAUCAAAAAAACUAAUCGAUGGUGAUGAUGAUGAUGAUAAAGAUCGACAUUCAAUGAAAACAAAUAUUCAAUCAUCAUCGACUCUAUUAUCAAAUCUUCGUAAACCUCAAAAUAUUUCUACAUCAAGUACAACUAAUGAUUCUACUGAACUUCCUGAAACUGAAUUAGAAGAUAUUGUUCGUGGAGACAAUAAAGAAUAUGCAAAAAAUGUUCCUGAAUUACCCAAACCAAUUAAACGAAAACGUGAUGGACCAGUGAAAAUUUUUAUCCCCACUAUUCAACAGGAUUCAGAUGAUGAAGACAAACCCAAAAGAAAACAAAGAACUACAAAAACAAAUUGCGCAUUAUUAAAUUUUCUUCCUCCUCCAAUUUAUGAUGAAGAUAAACCUACACCAAGCUUACCUACAGUUAAAAAUCCAUCAACGACGACUCCUCAAAUAAGUUCAACAGGUUUAUUUAUUCCAUAUACACUUAAAAAGAAACAACAACAACAAACGAAAAUUUCAACUAAUCAAUUAAAUGAACAAACUAAAAAUGAUAGUGAUAUUGAAGAUGAUGAUAAUGAUGAUCAAACUGACUUUCUUGGUUUGACAAAAUCAAGAGAAAUUCAAAUAACAACUACUGAUGUUGAAAGUGUUUUACGUGAAACAUUUCCGAAAGCUCGACCAACUGUUAUUGAACAACCAGUAUUACCAAAUCUACCGGAAGACUUUGAAGAUCUUGAUGAUGAUGAUGAACAUAUGACAAAUCAACAAACGAUUCAAGAUGAUGAUGAACUUUUACAUUAUCUACCAAAAAGUGAACGUUAUAAAGAAAUUAAAAGUGUACAUAUUGAUUCAAUGCUUAGUGAAAGUGCAAGAAUACAAUUACUUAAGAAUGCAACUGAAGAACGUGAAACUAUGAAAGAACAAGCUAAAAUUCAUGUACCAAAAGGAGAAACUAAAAAACGAGGACAACUUACUUAUCUUGUUGCCAAGGCUCAACAUGAUGAUCUUCAAUUAAAGAAUAUGUGGAGUCAACAGAAAUUAACAAAACGACAAACUCAAGCUAAAUAUGGUUUUUGA